UGGACCACUUGGUUGAUGACCAUGGCUCUGUCUAUGCCACUUUUGGUUCUGAUUUUGUUCAUUUAUCUUCCACAUGGAUAUUUGUUCCAACAAAAUGCACAGGGGACUGAUGUUGACGACAAGUUUGGUUCUCUUGCAGAGAAGUUUGAAUCUUUGCAUCAACAUGUGCUCAAUUUAGAAGAUAGAGUUAAAGAACAGGAAAGAAAAAUUCAAGAUCAUGAACAGAAAAUCGCAGAGCUGGAAAAUGAACUAAAUGACUACAAAAAAUACUUUGACCAAGCCAGCCAGGAGGAAAAACAAGACAAACCUAAGAUAAGUGGAAGCAAAAGAACAUUUCUUAGCAAGAUGUUUGGGCAGAAACGUGUUUUUUCCAAAACCCUAAAAACAAAACCAGAACUGAUGACACUUAAUGGACAUGUGAGCAAUCCAAAUAUAAAUUCAAGGAUAAGAAGGAAUGUUGAGGGAGAAUUUGCAUUUUCCGCUUAUUUAACUCAUAUAAUCGACCACAUGGCACCUGGGCAUGUCAUUAAGUGUGACAAAACCCUUCUAAAUGAUGGGAACGCUUAUAAUCCUAUAACAGGGGUUUUCACUGUGCCAGUAGAUGGAGUUUAUUUGCUGACAUUUCAUAUAGACAGUUACACUGAAACGCAUGUCACGCUUGUUGUCGAUGGAGGGAACACAGCAGAUUCUGUUUCUGAGCCACAUGUUUACAGAAAUGGGUUUGAGAUAAUGAGUGGUAAUACAGCGCUCAUUAGACUGAGAGAAAGGCAAAGCGUAUGGUUAGAGGAAUAUUCGAAUGCAGACGGGACUGUCACUUCUGGUGAAGCCUACCGGUUCACAACCUUCUCUGGGGUAUUUAUGUAUGCAUAACUUCAACAGUAUAUAUGUUGGUUGACACUUUUUGAACAUUUUAGUUCAAGUGUGCAAGAAAUAAAAUAAAAAAACAUACUUUGCUUAGUCUUUUUUUAAAUGAAAUGUGAGUUGUUUGAAUUUGGGUUUUCACGGUGGUAACCAUGUCACCAUUUAGCUGCCACAUGAUAAAAAAUAUCAUAAUGCUCUACAUUCAUGUACUUUUUUAUGCUAUAACUGAAUUUUUUCUGCAAUUUCAAUUUCAUAGAGUAAAAUAAUAACAAAAUAAGUGCUUUCAGAUGCAUUCCGAGAAAACAAAUUUUUGGUUCAAAAACAUGAGCUAGUCACAUUAAGGCAUCACAUUUAUGUUCCUAACACAUGUGCCAAUC